AUGGCCUCGAACACUGCACCUGCCAACGUUGGCGCGCCAAAUCAGACGCUGUACUGCACAAACCUCCCAGAUAAGAUCAAGAAGCCUGAUCUGAGGACGGCUCUCUACACCCUUUUCUCUACAUACGGCGCGGUUCUCGAUGUGGUAGCCAUGAGAUCGAAGGGUAUGCGCGGACAAGCACAUAUUGUGUUUAGGGACGUUCAAACGAGCACACAGGCGAUGAGGGCGCUCCAAGGUUUCGAUUUCUUUGGAAAAGAAAUGAAAAUUGUUUAUGCCAAAGGAAACUCAGAUAUAAUUGCCAAGUUGCGUGGCACUUACAAUCCAUCAGGCCCAAGUGAAGACCAGGGAAUAUCAACGGAGCUUCAGAAAUCCAUUUUUAAUGCGCCGCCCUCCGCGGCCACGGCUACGACUUCCAUACCACCUAAACCGGCUAAUAGCGAGGCUGCCGAGCCAGCACCACCACAGGGUGUGAAACGAACACGAGAGGAGGAAAGUGAUGGCGAAGCACCUAUGGACGAGGAAAGUGACGUGUCUAUGGAAGCAUCUUCCGAUGAGGACUAA